AAAGAUUUCAAAAAUUUUUGAAAAAAAAUUUUGAAAAAAUUUCAAAAAUUUCAAAAAAAUAUAAAUAAUUAAAAAAUCGUCGCUAAAAGCCAGCGUGUACAUAAAACCAUUCAACAAAAUCUUCACCCUCCACACACACACUCACUUGUGUGUGCGCUCUAAUCCAAUUAACCCCAACCACUGCGUGUCUGUGCAUUUGUGUGCGUGUCUUUGCACAACAGCGAGAAAUAUCGCCACCCAUCAACCAACAACCGACAGUCAACAGUAGUGUCAUCGCGUUUGUAUUGCUAUUAAUUUCACUUCUAAUAAAUCCAACGUCAGGCAGCUACUACCUACGCACACAUACAGCACAGCCACAGCGACCAACUUUCUUUCCAAACAAACAACAUUGAAUCUCGUCACCAGCGCUGUGUUGCUGCAAAUCAAUCCAAGAGUCACGUUUAAAAUCAAUAAAUUUCUUUGUUUACUUAGUCGCUUAGUCGUCGUCGUCGCUAGUCUCCGUUCGUCAUCAUGUUGAUUGGAUUAGUACGCGAUUCGGUGAUGCAGUGCUUCUGCCAUACAUGCCGGGCUCCCAUUUUGCCAGCUGUAUCGCGGAGAUCAGCACCCAUUAAGAAGAACAAUAAAAUACGCUCAAAACAGCCGCGUCUUUCCAAGAAAGUGAAAUUUAUCACCACUGAAAUUCGCUGCCAGGAGAAAUCGCGUGGCGGUCUUAGCUAUGAAGUGAUUCUGGCCGAGCCAGCACCCAAUGUGGUAGUACCCAAGCGUCCAGUGACACCUGGUAAAAAUGUGUCAGCCGAAGAGAUCGAGCAAAAGCUGAAAGCUGCCGAAGAGCGACGCAUUUCUUUGGAACAAAAGAAAAUGGCCGAUUUAACCUACAAACUGUCGAAAAUCGAGGAGGCCACACGCAAAAAGGAUGAAAUCACCAAUGAGUUCAUCAAUCAGACCAAGGAGAAGUUGGAAACCAAAAUCGAACAGCAUGUUGAGAAACGCGAAGCCAUCAUUAGCGACAUGAAGGAGAAAUUGAAGAUUCACUCACAAGAAAUUGAGAAGACACGCGAACAAUUGGAGCAGCAGAAAUCCAUUGAAAAAGUGGCCAUUGAGGAGAAAUUGAAGACCGCUCAGACUUUGCGAGAUGAGAACAUUAAAAAGAUGCUGGAACGUCUUAAGGAGCAUAACACUAACAAAAAAAAUCAAAUCGACCAAUUGGAAACACAAAAACUCGAGGAGAAGACCCGCAUUAUUGAAAAUAAAUUGUACACCGCCGAACAAAAUCGUGAAAAGGAGAUACAAAAGAAAAUUGAAAAAGUUCAAAAACUUGAACGUCGCGCUGAAUUGGUGCGCCAGAAUAAGGCGGCAGCACAGCAACCGAUUUGUGAUGAUACCAACACAGCUAUUGCCUCAUCUGGUUAGAGCGACAACAACAACAUAAAGAAGAACACAACAACAAUAAUAUUUACAAAAAAACGGCACACAUACAUAGAAAACAAGAAAAAACAAACAGUUAAGAGCAAAAGAAAAUCGCAACAACAACAAUAACACUGAAGAUGAAUGAUGGCGGGGAUGGAGGAGGAGUUUUGCGGAGAGAAAACCUAAUGUGCGACAGGGUGAACCUUGAGCGCAUAGCAGGAAAACGGUUGAAAAUUGAGCAGCAUACAAAACUCUGGCGCAGCUUAAGAACACUUAUGUAAUAUUGCAAAAAAAAAACCACACUAACAACUUAGCAUAGGAAAUGCGACUAAAAUUUCGAGACGAAACCAGCCGUUGCACAACUUAAAUGAUAUUUAAAAAAUAUAUAAAACAAAGAAGAAACGAGUAUAACUGCAGCAGUAAUAAAUGAAAAAAAAAAAUAAAAUAUUAAACAAAAUCAUACAAAUUAUUUAAAUGAAGCGUUUUCACAACACUCUUGCGUAUAGAAGGAAAAACAAUAAAAAAUACAUACCUAUGUAAUGAUUAAAGAUGAUAUGCCGCAGAAAAGCAACAGCAAAAAACCAUAACUCAACACUCGUCAAAGGCAAAUUCAGCAAAAUCAGCAGAAAAGAUAACACACUUUAUAAAUUAUAAUUAUUAUUAAUAAUAUGUAAAAUGAGUGAGCUGCAGCAGAACAUACACAGAGAAACACACUUUACUAUUCGAAGAAAAAUGAAGCGAAAGCAUAAACAUUAAACGCAUUAAAAUAUACAUACAUAUAUUCUCAU